CAAACUGACUGAGUGAGAACAAGGAGAAAAAUAUUUUUCGACUGCAGCGUCUCUUCACCGAUUCAAGUUCUCAGUGGUUUUCAUACAGCUUCGUUGAAAAAUUUUCGUAUUAAAAUUUCAUAGAAAAGUGCAGUUUUAGUGGCUGAUUGUAACCGGAAAUGAGGAAGGAAAAUCUUAAACGCAAAGGAGUCGACGAUGCCGAAAAUGCAUCGGACAAUGAAGAGAAGGAGACUUCACCGGUCGCCGACAAGGAAGAAGAUGCCGAAGUUAAAAACGCAAACGAUAACACCGAAGAAAAUGGUGACUCGAAAGAGCUCGGCACCGAUGACGAUUUCGAGGAUGCCGAAACUGGUGACGAUGCGGAUGCAAAGAACAAGGGAAAGGCUAAGACCAACGGCAAUGAUGCCGAGAAGCGCGAAGAGAACGAUGGUGAUGAAGAGGAGGACGAUGUUCCGUUGAAAAAAUCUGGCCGAGCCAAGGCCAAGCCGGCUAAAAAGGCUGCCCCGGAAGGCAAUGGUGAUGUGAAGGCAAACGGAGAUGGCAAGGAGGAUGAUGAGAAGGAAGAUGACGGGGAGGAAGCGGAAGAAGCCGAAGAGAAUGACGCCGAGGACGUAAAGAAUGACAACGAUUCGGAUUAUGAGUCUGGAUCGAAGAAGGGCAAGAAGGGUGGAUUAGGAAAACGUGCUGCUCCUAAGAAGAAGGAAUUGAAAAAGGCCGUCAAACCAAAACCUGCUAAGAAAUCCAAGAAAGAAGAAAUUGAAGAUGAGGAGCAGGAAGAAGAAGAAGAAUACGAAGUCGAGGACAUUGUUGACCAUCGUAAGGAGCGUGGUGGUAAAAUGGUUUACCGUAUUCGCUGGAAGAAUUUUGGGGCAAACGAUGAUACCUGGGAACCGGAAGCUACACUAUCGUGUCCGGAUAUUAUCAAGCGCUACAAAGCCAAGCUUGAAAAGGAAGACUCUGCUCCAGUUGCAAAGAAGGGUAAAGCUACCCCGAAAGCAGUUGCUGGAAAAAAGGCUGCCGCUGGCAAGAGGGGUAGACCCAAAGCAUCGCCCAAGAAGCAGUCUGCCAAGAGCGACGAAGAAGAUAACGACGACGAGGAUGAGGAAGAAGAUGAAGUCGAAUACGAGGUGGAAAAGAUUAUUGAUGUACACUUCAAACGCAACGGAGCGCGAGACUAUUUGGUUCGAUGGAAAGGAUUCUCCUCCAAGGACGACACGUGGGAACCGGAAGAGCACCUGAACUGCAAGGAUCUGAUCGCAAAGUUCAACGAAAAGCUGGACAAAACCAAGAGCGCUACCGUUAAGGAACUGCGCAUCAAUAGGAAGCCGACCGAGCGACUUAAGCUAGUCGACAUUGGACGCAAAUCAUCCAGACGCAACGCCGCAAAGGUUCGGGUCAAUUACUACGAUGGCGAAUAAAUUUCCGUUAAAAUAUAGCACGAAAGGCCACCAUGCUGGGCCUGGAACGAGAGAAAAAAGGGAAAAUCAACUAUUCUUUAUUGGUGUACCGUGGUAGAUUUGUAAGAGCGCAACUACAUUAUCGAAUGCAUUUUACCUUCGUAUUAGGACACGCAAUCCUUGUCGAUUGAUGUUUAAGACUAGAUUUUUAUUUUAUUUUCAUUUUUUUUUGUUUUUGUUUUGACUCUAUCGUAUUUACUAUCUAGCAGUAGAGAGUGAACAAUGUCAAAAAUAUAAGAAAGAAAAAAGAAGUUCAGCCCGAAUAGGAAGAUGCUUCGUUUGGAUGAAACAUUUGUAAGAAUAAACCUAUCAUAAAUAAUAAACUGUAAUA